AUGGCUGCUGCUGGCUGCGAAGCUGCUGCUGCUGCAGACCACGAGGCGCUGCACCUCGCCCGCCCCGUUUUCGAAGUCCUCGACCACCCCGCGAUUCUCCGCUUUCGAAAACUGCACCGGCUGGGCUACGCGAAGGGGGCGAAGGGGGAAGUGGGUGCAGCGCUGCGCAAAGUCGCGGAGAAGCAGCAGCAGCAGCAGCAGCAGCAGCAGCAAGGUGUGGGGCCCCACACUUCUUUGCCAGAAGGCAUUUCCGGAAAUGAAGCAGCAAACUUGCUUUCUCCUUUUGCUGCUUACGCAGCAGAUUCUCCCUUUGCCACAGACGAGGCCCUUUUGGCUCAAAUCGCCAGGUGGCGAAUGGCUUACCAGAACUUCAGGGGGUUUAGGGUUUAG